GAAGAAGAAGAAGAAGCAGAAGAAGACGCAGCGGGGGAACGAGAGGCAAAAGAAACGUUCCGUGAUGGCUUCGUCGUUUUGGAAAGGGGUUGUUGGUGUCGGACUUUUUGCUUUAGCUCAUGCGGCUUUCUCAGCGGCACAGCAUCGAUCGUACAUGAGGCUCACAGAGAAGGAAAACGAAACGCUACCCAUUGACAUUGUGUUACAGACCUUAUUGUCGUUUUUGGUGACCUGUUAUGGAAUUGUCCACAUUGCUGGAGAGUUUAAAGACGUGGACGCCUCAUCAGAACUGAAAAACAAAACCUUUGAUACACUGAGGAACCACCCAUCCUUCUAUCUCUUCAAUCACCGGGGCCGAGUGCUAUUCCGCGCGACAGAGCCGGAGCCGUCUUCUGCACACAACCAGCAGGCGCUUCCGAACCCCAUACGGCUACGCAAGCUGGAGCACUUGCACUGAGACUGCUCUUUCCUUCCUGUGAUUUCAUUAAGGUUUCUGUUAGACACAGGGUUAAAGCCAGAAUUCAGCUUCCUCUCCUGUCGUUUUUUUAUUUGUAUAUGAAGUCAUACACUGUUCGAACAUGCAUCUGUUCAUAAAUGUGAUCAUCACCAUAUUUAACACUCGACUGUGCCAACCUGUCAGUUUUCAAAACUGGUUUGUUUGUAUAUACAGCAUGUAAAUGCUUUGAAGUCUUAAUGUCCACAGAUGUCUGGUCCCACCUCAGUCUGCUGUUCUGGAAACUCUUACCUACAUAUACAGUAGUGUUCAGAAUAAUAGCAGUGCUAUGUGACUAAAAAGAUUAAUCCAGGUUUUGAGUAUAUUUCUUAUUGUUA